CAAGCGCCGACCCCACGUCCCAGGUGAUAAGAUAAGCCCCACCACAAAACUCCCGCGCCAUUGGGGUGGGAACGAGGGGCGAUUUCUAAGCCAAAGACCAGCUUCCAUUAUUCUCCCAUCACGAUAUUUCGCCCCUUUAUUGCAACGCAUCGCCGAGCUCACAAUGGCGCCGUCGCUAGAAGCGCCAGAGCCUGUAGAGGACGUCCUCGCAAACCCCCUCAAACAAAAGCCGCAGCUCGUCGCCCCCGAGCCGGAACACUGCCCAGGCCCCGAAUCCGAACAGGCAGGCACUGCCGACUCAUGCGCCGGCUGCCCGAACCAAGCAAUAUGCGCCUCGGCGCCUAAGGGGCCGGACCCGGACAUCCCCCUCAUCACGGCGCGCCUCGCAGGCGUCAGGCACAAGAUCCUCGUGCUCAGCGGCAAGGGCGGGGUGGGCAAGAGCACGCUGACCACGCAGCUGGCACAGGCGUUCGCCACCAACGAGGACAACACGGUCGGCAUCAUGGACACGGACAUCUGCGGGCCCAGCAUCCCCAAGAUGCUCGGGGUCGAGGCCGAGACGAUCCACGUCAGCUCGUCCGGGUGGUCGCCCGUCUGGGCCGAGGACAACCUGGCCGUCAUGUCCAUCCAGUUCAUGCUGCCGAACCGCGACGACGCCAUCAUCUGGCGGGGGCCGAAGAAGAACGGGCUGAUCAAGAAGUUCCUGAAGGACGUCGAGUGGGGGGAGCUGGACUUCCUGCUGGUCGACACGCCCCCGGGGACGAGCGACGAGCAUCUGAGCGUCAACACGUUCCUCAAGGAGAGCGGCAUCGAGGGCGCGGUCUUGGUGACGACGCCGCAGGAGGUGUCGCUCUUGGAUGUGCGCAAGGAGAUUGACUUUUGCCGCAAGGCGGGCAUCAGGAUAUUGGGUCUGGUCGAGAACAUGUCGCUGUUUGUGUGUCCCAACUGCACGCAUGCGACCGAGAUCUUCCGGGCGACGACGGGCGGGGGCAGGGCGCUGGCGGCCGAGAUGGGGAUACCCUUCUUGGGCGCGGUGCCGCUGGACCCGAGGCUGGGCAUGUCAUGCGACGAUGGCAAGAACUUCUUCGACUGGUACCCGACCAGUCCCGCGUGUAUCGCGCUGAAGCAGGUGGUCAGAGCGCUGGCGGAGCAGCUUGGGUUGGACCCCAAGGAGGUCAUGCCGGAAGAAUAGAUUCGAGAUAUCCUCAACAGCCCCAUAUAGAAGAAGAUAGGCGCCUAGGAAGGAAAUAUCAUGAUUCGUAAUGCCAACACCCCACCCCACCCAUUUCUCUCCUCUCCUCGUUCCCACCCCCGGAUUUUCGUCCCUCUUCCCUCCCCAUCCCGAAGUGCGGUUCAAGCAGAGGCCAACUUGCUAGGCACCUCUUCCAGCUCCUCCGCACUCUCCAGAUCAAUGAUGCGCGUAACCUCGCUCGUGUUCCUCAUCAGCUCCUUGGCGCCGGCGUA